CGCACCUCCUCCAGCAGAUGUGACGUUACGUCAGUAUAGUACUUUUCCCUGCGCAGCUGAUUGCGGUUUUACACAUAUUGACGAUAAACACGUUAAACAUCACGGAUGCGAUUCAAUAUGCAUGCAACCGAUGGUAUCGGCGUUUUUUGUGAAGGUGAAGAAAACGAAAGCAAGGCGGAAAGCUGAGACAGAACAAGGCGAUGUGGUCUCUUAAUCUCUGAUGCCAGAAUGAGAACUUACACCCGUGGGUCCCCGACAGUGUUCUUCAUAAGUGCACUGUGGGUGCUGCUUAUCCCAGUGACGGCUAAAGUAGACUCAAGCGGAGGCAUUACAUUCCUUGGAGGAAACUACAAAGGAACUCACCCCAUACUGUACUUUGGCCAAGCAGAGGUUGAAGUGCUGCAGCGGUCAGCAGUGGGAACUCACAAAGCUCUGGCCCAACAAAUUCGGGAGGCUGGAGAGGCCAUCCUGGAACGACCAGAAGAAUAUCUGCCACCCUGGAACCCUGCAGAGUUCAGUGCUCGCUGGAAUGAAGUGUAUGGAAACAAUUUAGGCGUGCUGUCUAUGUUUUGCCUGCUGUAUCCACACCGUGCUGGUGCACUGGACAUAGCCAAGGAAUACAUGGAGCGAAUGGCUGCACAACCUAACUGGUUGGUGAAAGAUGCUCCGUGGGAUGAGGUUCCGAUGGCUCAUUCUCUGGUUGGCUUUGCGACAGCAUAUGACUUCCUAUAUAAUGAUCUCAGUACAGUUCAGCAGGAGCGUUUCCUGCAGGUGAUUGGGAAUGCUUCAAACUACAUGUAUGAGAAAUCUUACAACCGUGGCUGGGGAUUUCAAUACAUACACAACCACCAACCAACCAAUUGCGUUGCUCUUUUGACCGGCAGUCUUGUGCUUCUGAACCAAGGAUAUCUCCAGGAAUCAUACCUCUGGACAAAACAGGCUCUUGCCAUUAUGGAAAAGUCUAUGGUUCUUCUUCAAGAUGUGACUGAUGGUUCUCUGUAUGAGGGUGUGGCCUAUGGAACAUACACUACUCGUUCACUCUUUCAAUACAUGUAUUUGGUACAAAGGCACUUUGCUAUUGGUCACUUCAAUCAUCCUUGGCUGCACAAACACUUCGCAUUUCUCUACAGGACCCUAUUACCGGGUUUUCAGAGGACUGUGGCAAUUGCAGACUCCAACUAUAAUUGGUUCUAUGGACCAGAGAGCCAGUUGGUGUUUUUGGAUCGGUUUGUUAUGCGAAAUGGCAGCGGGAAUUGGUUGGCUGAAAAAAUCAGACAGAACCGUGUUCUAGAAGGCCCAGGACAGGCCGGGAGGGGUCAACGCUGGUGCACGCUGCACACAGAAUUUCUUUGGUAUGAUGCCAGCCUGCAGCCCACUCCACCUAAUGAUUAUGGUACAUCCCGUCUGCAUUAUUUUGAAGACUGGGGAGUGGUAACCUUUGGAAGUGCCCUGCCAGCUGGGAGAGACAACACAUUUUUAUCAUUUAAGUCAGGGAAGAUUGGUGGACGUGCUAUUUUUGACAUUGUUCACCAAAAAAAGUACAAAGACUGGAUCAAAGGGUGGCGAAACUUUAAUGCUGGCCAUGAGCACCCAGACCAGAACUCCUUUACCUUUGCCCCUAAUGGAGUUCCGUUCAUCACGGAGGCAUUGUAUGGGCCCAAAUAUACCUCGCUCAAUAAUGUUGUCAUGUUUGGGCCUGCCGUGUCUGAAAGCUGCUUCGCUCCAUGGGAGGGUCAAGUUACAGAGGCUUGUAACUCUAAAUGGCUAAAAUACAAGCAUGGGGAAGCAGCAGAUUGCCAGGGUCAGGUAGAGAUGGCUAUGGAACAACAUGGCAUGGUGUUUAUUCGUGGGGAGGCCCAAGGUGCUUACAACUCUCAACUGAAGAUCAAGAAUUUUAAGAGGAACUUGUUGCUACUUAAUCCUCAACUGCUGCUGAUGGUAGACCACAUUCAGCUGCAUUCUGACAGUCCAGCAAGCAAAAUAAGUGCCUUCUUCCACAACACAGACCUGCCUUUUCAAAACACCCAAAAUGAUGAAGUGCAUGGAGCUCUGAUCAAAAAUGGACAGGAAUCAUACCAGAUGUUCUGGUUAGAUGACACAGGCAGCAGUGAAAGGGCAACAGUGGGCUAUCAGAGCUACCCACGUGGAUACCCAUAUAAUGGCUCCAACUAUGUGAAUAUCACGAUACCACUGAGAAAUCCUACUAGUAGAGUCGCUUACAUCUUCUUUGGUCCUGAAGUGGAUGUGGAAAGUUUUAGUGUGCAUGGGGAUUCAGAGAGACUGAACAUCUAUCUUGCCACCAAAAAACACACAUACACCAUCUAUAUCCUUACAGGGGAGGUUCCCAGCAAACCAUAUGCGGUAGUGUUGAUGGAUCAAAAGAAAGUGGUGUUUGAAAGUGCAUUCGAAAUAAAAGAAAAGCAGGUAGAGGAAGUGGAAGAAUAUGUUAAUGUUGUGAAGGACAAUCUUCAGCACGUCAAACCAGUCUUCCAGCAGCUAGAACGUCACAUCCUGUCACGGGUUCUUAACACCGACAACUUCCAUAAAACUGCUGACCACCUCAUAAAAUCUUUGGGUAAGAAAAACGCACCAGGGAAUAUUGAGAUGUUUGGCCCUUAUAAGAAGCAGGGAAAGAUAGGCAAGAAGACAAGCCUUUCUGAUAAUCGACCAGACAUCUUUGCUCGAAUUGAGGCAAGCGAGAAGAAGAAGAGGCAACUGACAAUGAAGCACGCCUAUGAGGAGGUUCCUGAGGAGGCAGAUGAUGAUGCAAGAGCAUUUAUAGAUUACAUUGAUGUACGAAAGGGCAGAAAAGUUGGAUUUAUAAAGGGACGGAAAUUUAAACAAGUACACAUGGUGGAUACGGCAGAAAGUGAGGUUUUGCCCAGCUCCACCUCAUACAUACGACUUUUCCUGAUCUUAAAUAUAGCUACAUUUUUUCUUCUGCUGGCAACGCUGCUGACCCGCUUCAAAAGGGCUGAGAGUUUGCACACACAGCGUUGUCUUUACUGUGUCCUUCUCAUGGACAGCUUCAUCCUGCUCUGUCUGUACUCCUCCUGCUCUCAGACUCAGUGUUGACCCUUUUUGCCUAUCAGUGUGCCAGUGGUUUUGCCAGCACUGGAACCAUUUGUGACCCUGGACCACAAAACCAGUUAUAAGGUUAAUUUUUUUUAACUGAAAGCUUUACAUUGAUGUAUGGUUUGUUAGGAUAUGACAGUAUUUGGCCAAGAUACGACUAAUCUAAAGGUUGCAAAAAAAACUAAAUACUGAGAAAAUCAACUUCAAAAUGAAUUCUUAGCAACACACAUUGCUAAUGAUAAAUACAUUUUUUAUAUAUAUUUACGGUUAGAAAAGUACAAAAUAUCUUCAUGGAACACAACACUUUUGACCAUACAAUGUAUUGUUGACUUGCUACAAAUAUAUCUGUGCGACUUAGGAGUAAUUUUGUGGUCCAGGGUCAUAUUUUAAAAGUUUUGCAUGAUUCUAUCACAGAUAAUAUCAACUUUGCAUCUGCCUUUAAAACCUGCAGGUGUCAAACUGUUAGAAGCUUGACAACAAAAUACAAAACAUGAAUUAUGUAUAAAACUAAAUA